AAACAAUAAACUCUCGCUGUAAGAUUUACAUUUGUUUACAAGGAUAUUUUUCCAGUUUCUCAUUUUGUUUGACAGGACCCGACUUGAAGUCUAAUUUAUCUUUUUUGUAAGAUUUUUGCAUGUAAAUUGUUACACACAUAAAAAUGCAUGGUCGUGUUAAGGUUAAGGCUCCAGCGGAGAUACAGGCUGAGAGAGCCCGUGAAGAAAGAGCUUUGGCAGCAAAAUUUACAGCAGAUUUGGACAAAGCUUGGUCUAAGAGAUCAAACCAAUGUUUUGAUGAAGAAGCACUCAAAUUGACUGGAAGAAUAUUGCUUCAAAAUGCUGAUUAUCAAACAAUUUGGAACUUCAGGCGAGAGAUAAUUUUACACUGGAAGGAUCAUGGUUUGCCGAAAAAAGUUCCUGAACCUGUCAAACUCGAUAGCAAUGUUACUUUAGGCAAAUGUGAUGAUCAAGACAAUGGUUCUAAGUUAACAGACUGUGAUGAUCAAAAGCAAGAUUUAGUGAUCAGUGGAGAUGCAAUUGGUGAUAAUAAUCAAAAUAACGAUGGAGUAUCUGGUGCUAGUAUACUUGAGAUGGAAAAAGUAUACAUGGAAGAACUAAAAUUUACUUCGUCUUGCCUUAUCAAACAUCCAAAAUCAUAUGGUACAUGGUAUCAUCGUCGUUAUAUUAUACUUUUAAUGCAAAACCCACCCUUCAAAGAGGAAAUUCAAGCUUGUGAUCACUUUUUAGAUCUUGAUGAAAGAAACUUUCAUUGUUGGGAUUAUCGUAGAUUCAUCUGUAAUUGUGGAAAAAUCGAUCCCCAAAAUGAGUUACAAUUCACACAGCGAAAAAUUGCUCAAAAUUUUUCCAAUUUUUCUUCAUUUUAUUAUCGAAGCUCUUUAUUAACAAUGGCCCAUCAAGAAAAGAUUUUGAAUAUCAAUGAUGUAUGGAACUCUGAAUAUGAAACUGUUUCAAAUGCCAUUUUCGUUGAUCCCAAUGACCAGUCACCUUGGUUUUAUCAUAAAUGGCUACUUGCAGUUGAUCAGUUGAUCAACUAUCAGCAUAGUAAACCGGACUCAUUCAUACAUAAAAUUGUGUUCGACAAGUCCAAUGGAAGAAUGAUUUAUCAAUUCCACAAACCUUUAAGACGACCCCCUUUCAUCGAGAGCUCGUUCACGACAGAUGAUGACCAAAAUGUGACUCUUACAAAUAUUGAAUGGAAAAAAAUCGAACCCCUUUCAUCUUAUAUCUGGUAUCAUCAAAUUGGAAACUAUUCAAUUAAACAAGUCAACUUUAAUUUUGAGGGAAAAGAUUUUGCUAUAAAUUUAAAUAACCUCGACAGUGAAUCAAAUUUGAAAAUUAGUAUAGUAUCAGAAAUGCCUAGGACCAAUACUUCAAAUCCAGAGUCAAAAUUAGAUGAAAAUAAGUUGAGAAAUUUGAAUCUAUUGCUCGAAUUGGAACCAGACAACAAAUGGAUUAAUUUAACAUUGGCAUUAAUUAAAGGUGGACCUGAUGAAACUGCUUUCAAUAAGCUAAUCGCUGUUGACAAUUUACGAUGCAAUUAUUAUAAUGACCAGAAAAGCAAACAGAUUUGGGAGAGCCACGUAAAGGAUAACCAAUUAAAUCCUCGACUAACAUUGAACGACCGCCAUUUGACUUGCCUCUACUUCACGAAUAAUCUGACACAUCUUCGAUAUUUGGAUCUUUCUAAUAAUGAUUUUCUCAAAAUUAGCAAAUCUUUCAAUACUCUUAUCUUAUUGGAAACUUUAAUUAUGGACAAAAAUAAGAUAUCGAUGGUUGAUAAAGACUUCGAGAUGUUGUCCCUUAAAAAGUUGUCGAUUAAAAACAAUUGUAUCAAAAACUUCAAUCUCAUUGAACCUGUCAAAAAUUGUCCACUUUUACAAAUCCUAGAUGUCACGGGCAAUAAUAUUGACCAAAAGGAAACUUCAAUUCUACCAUCCAGUUUAGAGAUUGUAAUUUAGUUGAUCGCUGAUCUAAUUUAAAAUUAUUUCUACAUUAUCUGUUUAAUUUUUGGAAGCUUUGGAAGUUUAACUCUUAAAUUUUCAUAUUUUAUCGAAAGAAAAAUCUUAUUGAUAGAAAUACUGAAGACUUUCCUGAUAAUAUUAUUUAUUGAGACAAAUGCAAGUGGCUAUUUACGACUCUGACACCUUAGAUUCUCUCCAAGCAAUUUAGAUGGUGAAAAAUAUCACUGACAUUGUUAUUUUGUUAUACCCUGAAUACCAUGUUAAUACAAAAAUAUCAUGAACAAUCUCAAGAGAGGGCGCCUGAUUUUGGAUGAAAAAAUUGAAUGCUGAGAAUGCGUAUAAACAUGGAUUGAUGGUUUUGAUAUGCGAUUCGUUUUUUACCUCCAAGGCUUAACUUGUCUUUUAAGCCAUGGGUCCAAUCUCGUAGGUAUUAGGACCUUUCCUAAACCUGUAAAUAUACAGUUGAAACCAAAACUGUGUAUGAACCCUUUUUAUUUAGACAUUUCCAUUAGUUUAACCAUUAGCUUCACUCCAUUCCUAAUUGUAAUCGUUCGUAAUAUUUCUCUUUUGUUCAACUCCUGUUGUAACCAUCCAUGAUACCAAAAUCAAUUGGAUCUACUGGCGAAACCAGAUUUUUUACCCUCGUUAUCAUCCAAAUGAAGACCAUUUAAAAGAUCAAAAAUACCAACAACAAUAAUUACAACAACAUCAACACAAAUUGCAAUCCUGGUUAAACAACAUCACCAUCAUCAUCUGUGUUUACAAUCCAAAGGCUAACUCCGAGUAUUACCGUGUCUGUAUUGAUAUCAACAUCCAUUCCCAUAAAGUGAUUUUUGUUCAAGAUUCAAUCCUGUCGAAAACCCAAUUUACAAAAUACAUCUUAAUUUCAAUUGUUAUAUUAUAUGAAAAAAAUUUCAUUAUUAUAAUAAUAAUAAUGAUAGAAGUAAACAUGAGAAAAUCAAUUAUGUCUCUAUCCUUU